CAAUAUUUUUAUUCCAAAACUCUUGUGGCUGCAACGCAAUCGUUCGACGAUUUCUUCCCGCCGCUCCUGUCCUCCAUCUUUCUCUGCCCAUUGCCAACUCCAAUGGCGGAAACCACAAUCCGAUUUGGCAUCCUCGGCUGUGCUGACAUCGCCCGCAAGCUCUCGCGUGCCAUCACUCUCGCCCCCAACGCUACCCUCUACGCCGUCGCCAGCCGCUCCGUCGACAAAGCCACCGCCUUCGCUUCUGCCAACGGCUUCCCCCCGGGCUCUAAGAUUUACGGCUCCUACGAAGCUCUCCUUGACGACCCCGACGUCGACGUCGUCUAUGUCCCGCUUCCUUCUAGCUUGCACCUGCACUGGGCCGUCCUCGUCGCUCAGAAGAAGAAGCAUUUGCUGCUCGAGAAGCCCGUGGCUCUCAACGCCGCUGAGUUCGAUAAAAUCAUCGACGCCUGUGAAUCCAAUGGGGUGCAGCUCAUGGAUGGCACCAUGUGGAUGCACCAUCCCAGGACCACUAAAAUGGCCGAGUUUUUGUCCGACGAGCGCCGUUUUGGUCGACUCCAAAAAGUACUCGCCGUGUUUACAUUUGGCGCUGAUCCUGAUUUUCUGAAGAAUAAUAUUCGUGUGAAGCCAGAUCUCGAUGCCCUUGGUUCUCUUGGCGACCUAGGUUGGUAUUGUAUAAGGGCAAUCCUCUGGGCUGCCAACUAUGAACUACCCAAAACAGUCAUAGCCUUGCGUGAUCCUCAGCUCAACGAAGCUGGUGUAAUACUGUCUUGUGGAGCUUCUCUGUACUGGGAAGAUGGAAAAUCUGCAACCUUCCAUUGCUCUUACUUAUCAAAUCUGACAACGGAUAUGACCGUUAUUGGGACAAAAGGAUCACUACAUGUUCACGACUUCAUUAUCCCUUACCAAGAGAAGGAGGCUUCAUUCUCUGCAGGUUCAGGGUCUAGCUUUAAUGAUCUUGUGACAGCAUGGGCUGUGGAGCCAAGCGAGCAUGUAGCAACCACAGAGCUGCCUCAGGAGGCUCAAAUGGUGAGAGAAUUUGCCCGUUUAGUGGGGGAUAUCAAAUUUAAAAGCCUGAAGCCUGAGAAGAAGUGGCCAACAAUUAGUAGGAAGACACAGCUUGUGGUGGAUGCUGUGAAAGCUUCGAUCGACAAGGGUUUCGAGGCUGUUCAUGUUCAGGAGCAAGCGUCUGUGGCUGUUUUAUCUGGACUUGAUUAUCUGAAGAAAAAUCUGCUGGGGCAAUCUACCUGAAUAAACCAUUCGGCAAAUGAUGUCAUGUCUGCCUAUGUUUGCGUUCAUUUCUGCCAUCCCUUCAAGAAAGGCAUUGUUGUUGUUGCUUGGUUGAACGAAAACCAAUUCCUUGUUUGUGAGCUGCAGACUGAUGGGCUGUUAAAGGCAGGCCAUGUUGUUCCUGUCUGGUUUUUCUCUAAUGAGCAACCAGAUAUUUUUUGCUUUAGUUUUUUUAGUCCUGAACUUUCACUUUGUUUGCACCAAUAAAUUCACGUGGCAAAUACAUGUCACAGUUGGGAGUUGUGUUAUGCAUUAUCAGAAAAAAUGCAUGGCCUUUGUUUUGUCUGUAUCAAAAAAUUAUUUAAUUUUGUUUUCCGAUAUGGUUAUGAAUAAGUCAUAGUGUGUGAAAGUAAUUGGAUAUC